AUGGAAGUAAUUGAAGAUGGAAAUAUUAUGGACAGAAUUCCCAUUCUGUUGCAGCGGGACUUAGAAUACUAUCAGAAAAACCAAACAAUUCUAUCAGAAAAAGUAUGCCGAGGAGUUGUUGGGGGAAAAUUAGACUUUCCAAGAAGCGCUUCAUUUGCUGCUGUUAAAAUAGUUCUGUGGUUGGAAGAAGAAUUUGCUAUAGCUUUUAAUGAGGGUUCCGGCAUGUUUGUGUCAAUCGAAGAGGAAAAAGCUGAUGGUGUUGCAAAGACUUCUGAUCCAGAUAAAUUUGCACAGCUGGCUACAAAAUCGAGUGAUUCUCUUUUGGAACACCUCCACAUGUUGGCCCAAGAGGCGCUCGAUCAUGCCGACCUUCCAGUCCUAACGGCCGCGCUUGGAGCCGCCGCACUAUUAAAGAACACCCUGUAUUGCUACGUACAGCAUGUUGAAGACAGCGGAAAUACAGAACGACAUUCUAUAUUACUUGCCUGUUAUAAGCGUUAUGUGACAAUGUCGGAGGCUGUAGGCGAGAGAGUUCUGGAUCUACAUAAUAGAGUUCUCUCACUAUAUAUAUUACAAGAUUCAGGAGGAAGACCUAUUGACGACAUCACUAACAAAAUUCACGACUGCGGUACACCUUCCAUACAAGGAUGGUGGUUAUACAUGAAUGGAAGCAAAAAAGAUUUAUGGGAUACAGUCCCACCGAGAAUGGCUCAGAGAAUUUUCGCUGGAAUGUUGAACGAAACUCUGACAAUAUUAACGGUGAGAUAUUGCCAGACGAACACAACAGAAAUUACAACUCCUUUAUUAAUAAACGAUAUAUUGAAUAUACUUCUGUGUGUAGCACAGUUAUUGCCAUCAAUAUGUAACAAUGGGUCAGACUUGGCUGGUUUAAAUGAGACCAAACAGUCAAGAGAUGUGAGGGAUGUACAUGCUAAAUGUAACGAACUAUUCAAAUGUAUGGUCUAUAGAGGAGCUGACUUGCAUUUCCUACAUCAGGCAUUCACAGAAAAGGAUGAAGAGCAUUACCCAAAAGACACAGCAUUUCCGUGGUUCACAUUCGUCAGUCCGGAAUUUUUUGACGGUUCUAAUGAUGUGAAUGUCAAAAAUUCACAAGAUCUAUCAACUAAAACAGCUUUGAGUUUAGAUUUGAAGGUGUUGUUGGCUCAGCCUCAGCCGUCAUGGUCGUUGCUUGUUAAGGUACUAAUGAUGCGUGAUUGUCAUCUAUGCCGAAUGUUAAUAAUCCACGGAAUUCGUCACAUGUCUAUGGACAACGCUAGAUGGCCGGCAGACGGGUUGUGGUACCAUUGUGACGGUUUAAAGAAAUGUGAAGGGUUUUUAUGUACCGCGGAUGGAUUUUGUAGAUUCAAAGGCGACGAAAAUGCUGGUGAAGAAUACGCGAGGGCUGUCGGUGCUCUCACAUAUAUUUUAGUAACGAUUGGAAGCAAAGCCGAUCUUAGGUCUACUCUGUGUUAUGCGUUAGAAGUUUCUGGGAGAGAUUGGGCACUCUGUUUGGACAAACGACAGGUUUGGUGUGACCGUAGACCGUCCUGGCUGGCGGGUGUACUAGCGGCCGCUAGCUCAACUCUUCAGUUCAUUCCUCCCGUACUAGUUAAUGCACUUAAGUCUGGAGCUUCCAUGUAUCAGACAAUAUCGCUGUGCUUAACGUGUAUAUCAAGAACCUUGGACUGCAUACCUAUUUGUUUUAAGAACGCAGCGAACGUUCUGGAAGGGACAUUACCAUCAAACGUAAACCCUGUGGGAGGAUCAAUAUUAUUACAAAUGUUGAUUAUAAUUACUUAUGAGGAAUUAUUAAAAUGGUCCAAAAAAGAAUCUGCUAGAGAAACACAUGUUUCAAACGGGGAAGCGCAUAAUAUGAAUAAACCAAAACCGAAAUCAAGACACGUGAGAGUAAAUAACUCAACGACUUCAUCGUUAUCAUUUGAUGGAAGCCAUAGCUCUUUAUCAUCUAUAGCGCUUGCUAUCGCCGAAGCUCUGUGCUCUAUAGACGAAGACCAUAAACACACCACAGAAAUAGAAAACCUUGUUUCACAGAGCAAGAAAACUUACACUAUAUCUGAUAAUUUCGGUCUCAGUGAUUUUCCAGAUUUUGCGGAAUUCUUGGAAGAAGGUAAUGUUUCGGCUUCAAAUGCUGAGAGGGAGAGUGAUGCUAUGGCCCUUACAAGUCAGAUAAUGAUGACGUCUUCUGGAAGGGAUAGUUUAAGAGUAAUUUACGAUCAUUUACAAUUACACACGGAACGGAUCUUCAAGGAAAUUGGUGUUCAAGAAGAGUGUGACGAAAAAAUUGUAUUGAGCAGAGCGCCGCUUAUGUAUAUAAUGUUUCAUAUUGGAAAAAAACCGUUCGAUCAGUAUCUUCGGAAAGAAUGGACUAUGCCGUGGAGCAAGUUAGUAGCUCUCGCAAAGGCCUGGUCGGGUAUAGAGGGCGCUAAAGUACACGUCAAUAGACGGAUAGAUGUACGAAACGUUAAAACUAUGGGAAAAAAUAAUAAACAGCUGAUGGAAUUAUAUAAUGUAUUUAAAAAGCCCCCAGAGGGUGGGAUAUUGUGA